AUGCCUUCAGGUCUGCAGCCCGACGGGCAGCACUACUGCAAGCCUUGCAAACGCGGCUUCGCGGAAUGGGACUCGUACUUUGAGCACCUCAAGGCCAUGCGCGCCAAGAAGGACCCCAAGCACAUCUGCUGCAUCCACUGCGGCCAGAGAUUCAAGACCGAGAAAGCCCAGAGCCAGCACUCCCAUCCUCAGCCGCAGAGGCUAUGGUGCCCCGGUUGCAACGCCGGCCCGUUUGCGCAGCCUUCGGCUGUAAUUCGCCACAUCGAGAACGGAAAAUGCCCUCGCAUCGACUCUGACAUGCUCAACAAGAAGACCGAGGACAUGACAAAGUUCUCGCGCGACCUCGAGGCUAUGACCCAUCGACCCGUCCGCGGCAACUUUGCAAACCAUAUCAACCCGGGCAAACCCGGCUACUUCAAGGGAGACGUCUGGGCAACCGAUGACGAGGGCUCUAUUCCGGCAGCCCUAGACGCUAGAGGCGUCUGGGAAGUCGAGCAGAUUACCCGUGACGGAACUCUUCUCGUCGACAACCACAUGCAGCCCGUGUCGGGCCUCAAAGAGCUCGACAAGAUUGCUCGCGAAAGUGCCAAGCGAGUCCAGUCAUCUGCCGGAAGCGACGUUAAGGACGCCACUUCAUCUGGCUUGUGGGAGGACACCACCAACAGCCUCAUUGGGGGAAAUUCUAAGGACAAUGCCCGUUCCGCCUUGUUGGACACCACCAGCAGCCUUGCCGAUUUUCUUCAUCGCCGAGACGUUGCCUCGGAGGGCAGCAACUCUGGCUCCGCACCUCGCACCAAGGAUACUGUCAUGCCCUGGACCCUUGGAGACGCCGCGUCGUCUCAUGCAGGCACCAAGGCUCCCACCCUCUUGGGCGGAUCUGGUAUCCGGGAGUGGCUUCUCGAGUCUAAGAAGGCAACCCCUGCGGCAACUCAGCCCUCUACCAGGAUCAAUACAUGGAUCGACAGCAUCGCUAUUGAGGGCGGAGGCCCUGCAGCUACUCCGUCGGCUGCCUCUAUUGAUGAGGUAAACAGGCCGGUUGAUCAGGACGCGCCGAGCAAGCUACUCAGCGACUGGGCCAAGACGACCAGCGGAUCUGACAACCCCUCCGAGCUCGUUUCUCUGGCCGACACAAGCACCCCCAAGCUCCCUGGAAGUGUCGGAGUUGCCGACUGGUCUGUAAAGUCCGUCACACCUAGCGGCCAGACGGCUGGCACUCUUGGCACCUUAAGCGAGUCUGCAGACCAUGAAGUCUCAGCCACGGACGACACCACUGGUGUCUGGUCGGCCGACCCAAACGUUGCGUCGACUCGUUGGCCGACGGCGCAGGAGAUGGCCUCCAUUCCUGAGCGGGAUUUGAACCCGACGUAUGACGCGAAGCAUCCCCUUCAUCCGGAUCACCCUUCUUUCAAUGUCGAAAAGUUCCGGAACCUCUACGAUGGCUAUAGCUGCCCCAUGCCCUUUUGCAUAAAAGUAUUCAAGGGCGCCAGCGGAGGCAAGGCACUCAUCCGACAUCUCCGUGGCCCGAGCCACGGAAACGAGAAAAUCACCUGCCCCAGGUGCCACAAGCUUUUCAAGACCAGGGCGUCGGCUCUGGCGCAUGCGGAAGCAAUCAACAGUCGCUGCAGCACUCGCAAGUACAGUGACUAUGACGCGUACAUGGACCAACUCACGUCUGGCUUGGUCAACGUCAACCUCGACAGACACGUGGACGGAACGAAAAUCUUCAUCACGCCCGAAUCGGCCUGGGAUGAAUACGGUGGCUCCAAAGGAGCUGUCAAGGCAUCGAAGCCCCCUGCGACCCAGAAAGUGGGAUUCUGGUGA